AUGUGCUCUUGUAAGACGGAGACAACACAUACGGGUAUAGCGUCCUCUUAAUAAUACUACAAUUUUAACAAUUUUCCUAAUAGUUUUUUCCGAUUAUGUUAAAAAGUAAACGAAUAGUGAAUGCGCAUAUUAUGUCAUCGCUUAUCAAACAUUUAAUCAUCAUCUUAUGACGUACCCACUCAAACACUAUCCGUUAUUCGCCAUGAUAUAGUUAUUCGUUAAUCACACGUUCGAGCAUUUAGACAUAAGACCAUUCAAUUUUACAUGAAAUCAUAACAUUUAACUUUUAAGUUAUAAUAUAAUAUAGCUGCUAGGUUACCUACUUAUUAUUUCAUACUUAAAAUUAAUUCGUUUUGAACACCAAAGUAAAACAAAUGAUGCCAUCAGCUCCUCCUCAAAAUGUUCAAUGGGUUCAAUCGCCUGCACUUGCAGUACCAUUAGGCCCUAAUAGUGUUCAAACUAUAUGCACUUCAUGUGGCAGGGCAAUACAUACCAAUACUUCUAAAACACCAAAAUCUUCUGCUUGGUGGAGUGGUUUACUAUUGUGUAUCUGUGGAUGUUCUUUUGGAUGCUGUCUAAUUCCUUGUUGCAUGGACUCGUGCAAUAUUGUCAACCACACAUGCCCAAAUUGUAAUGCGUAUUUGGGACAGUACAGACCAUAAACUAUAUACGAUAUUCCUAAUGAUAAAUUAUAAUUAAGUAUAAAGGUACGUUUUCCCUGCAGCGUCAAACAGCAGAACAGCACGGAGGAGGCUGACAACGCUCAACGACUUUAUCUAAGUCCGACGCUAGUUGACGCUUGAUGCUGCAGGGAAACCGCACAGGUAAAAAGUAUUUCAACAAAAUAAUAAAUAUUAAUUUUAACUUUUUAAUAAAACAAAUACAAAUAGAAAGUAGUUAUACAUUUUUGAUUGGGUGGAGUUCGACGAAAUGUUUUAUUGCUGUCUCCUCCAAAACUACUGGACCAGUCUUCAUGAAACUUUCAAUAUAUAUUCAUUAUUCUAAAAUAUAAAGGGUGCAUAGAUUAAGUUUAACACUUAUAAAUGCUGGCAUUAAGUAAUUAUGAUUAAUUACUAACCUACAUAAUAAAUAUAAGCAAGUAUUACGCUUUGUGUCCACUGCUUAAAUAUAAGUACAUAAUAAUAAAAUAAUAUGCUUGUCCUAUUUGGGAUAAAUACGCACAAAACCACUUGAAAAACUACAAAUAUUCCAAAAUAAAAACCUAAACUAAAACAAUAACUAAUGUCCCGUAGUUUGGAAGUAACGCCUAGCCUAAACGAUAAACCAGC